AUGGCUAAGAAUUUCCUUGAAAAAAUUGAGGAACAUUUCGCUAAAAACGAUAAGGUUGAAAUGACAACACUUCUUAGUUCUUUAAUGAACAUGAAGUAUAAGGGUCAAGGAAAUGGUUGCCUGAGCUACCGAAAGCCAAGUGAUGGUGAAAGAUACAUCUUUGUGGGCGAUGGACAAUCGGUAGAAGUGGAAGUAAUUGGGCAUUUCAGAUUGUUAUUAGGAACUGGUUUUUAUUUGGAUUUGAAAGACACUUUUAUUGUGCCAACUGGUUAUUUGAAUACUUAUGACAAUCUUUAUUUGCUAGAAACAAUUGCAUCCUAUACUGAAACUUUGCAUGUGGAAUCACAAGAUGAUUACUCACGUUAUGGGUACCUAUAUCUCAUUCAUGAAAAAUCUCAGUCUGUGGAUGUGUUCAAAACUUACAAAGCUGAAGUUGAGAAUCAACUCAACAAAAGGAUUAAGAAUGUCAAAUCUGAUCGUGGUGGUGAAAAUAUUUUUGAGACGGGAACUGCAACAUUUUUUGAGGAUAUUGAAUUUGGGGGAAGAAAUAAGGUUAGAGACAUUGUUUUUGAGGAAAAAUUGAAUUCAAACUCAGUUCCUACUAUCAUUUUAGACAAUGUUCAGGCUUCCACACCUGUCAUUGAUCAAGAAAUGAAUCCGGAACCUCAACAAGACAAUGUUGAACAACUCCCAAAUCAAGAUGAGGCUAUUGUUCAAGAAGAACAAAUUCAACACCCUCAAGAACAAGAGCCAUUAAGGAGUGAUAAUAUUGAAAGAAUGAGAAUUAAGUUGGGCUUUGAGGGUGCUUACAGUGUUGAUGCUAAUGGUCAUAAGGGUGGGCUUGCACUUUUAUGGAAGUACAGUGAUGGAGUGCGGUUUCUGGGAUUUUCUCACAGCCAUAUCGACAUUGAAAUUUCUACUCCAAAUCUCCCUACUUGGCGUUUGACUGGUCUAUACGGGGAACCAAACCGUAGCUUACGGUUCAAGACUUGGCAAUUAAUCACCUCUCUUCACUGUGAGUCUCAACUUCCAUGGUGCAUCAUAGGCGAUAUAAACAACAUAGGUAACCAAAGUGAGAAAAAAGGAGGUAGACUUUAUCCUUCUUCUUUGAUCACAGGUUUCCAAGAAGUGCUAUGCAAUUGUAACUUGACUGAUAUGGAACUCCAUGGCCAUCCGUACACAUGGGAACGUGGCAAAGGCACGAACAAUUGGGUAGAAAUUCGUCUCGACAAAGCUCUAGUUACUUCUCUGUGGCUCGAUAUUUUUCCUUCUGCUGUGUUAUCAAACUGUGAUGUCUCUUCCUCAGAUCACACGCCAAUCUAUCUUGAACCUUCACCUGCUGCUCCUGCUGAAAUGGUGUACCAGUUCCGCUUCGAGAAUGCCUGGACAAGAGAGCCUUUUUGUGCUCAAAUCGUACAAGCCUGCUGGGAUAAAAAUGCUUCACUGCCUCUUCAUGAAAAGAUCUCUCUCUGCAGCAAGGAUCUUGCUGAUUGGGGCAGAAAUUUAACUUGUAAUUUUAAGAAAAGAAUCAGGCAAAGCAAAGCAAAAAUUGCUUCUUUAAAAGGUAAUUCUGACCCUUCUUCCAUUGCUAAUUUUGGUUAUGAACAAAAUAAUUAUUUUGAGAUUUUAGCCCAACAAGAGCUUUAUUGGAAGCAAAGAUCAAAGCAAUUUUGGCUACAUAGUGGGGAUAAAAACUCAAAAUUUUUUCAUGCUAUGGCUAGUAAUCGGAAACGCAGCAAUAAGAUUCAAUAUCUUAAAAAUAGUUCUGGUGUUUGGACUGCCUGGAACAAUGGCCUUGAAGAGGUAAUGGUUGAUUAUUUCACCAAUAUUUAUUCUGCUGGGAUUGUUGAUUGGAACCCGGUUGUGAAUGGUGUUCAUUGCAAGGUCACGGCUGCCCAUAAUCUUGAGUUGUUGAAGUCGGUCACUAAUUUGAUUAAUGCUACCUGUGAUUUUUUUGCUUCGGCCACUUUCCCAAACCACUUGAAUGAUACAAAUCUAGUGUUGGUCCCUAAGAAGAAGUCUCCAAGCUCUAUGAGUGAUCUCCGUCCUAUAGCUUUAUGCAAUGUCUCUUACAAGGUGAUUGCAAAAGUUCUAGCAAACCGUAUGAAGCUUCUCAUUGAUCACAUUAUCUCUCCCACUCAGAGUGCGUUCAUUCCGGGUCGCUUGAUCUCAGACAACAUCAUAAUUGCUUUUGAAGUAAUGCACUAUCUCAAGAGGAAAGUUCAUGGGAAGAAAGGCUAUAUGGCUCUCAAGCUUGACAUGAGUAAAGCCUACGAUCGUGUUGAAUGGGGUUACUUACAAGCUAUUAUGCUUCAAAUGGGCUUUGAUCACAGAUGGGUCACUUUGAUUAUGGCUUGCGUUACUAGUGUUCGGUAUUCUAUUUUUCAUGACGGUCAUGUCAUGGGACCUAUUACUCCAUCUCGUGGUAUUCGUCAAGGUGAUCCGCUCUCUACCUAUUUAUUUAUGAUCUGUGCUGAAGGCUUUUCAGCUCUUAUAUCUAAGUUUGAGAGGGAGCGUUUACUUCAAGGUUGUUGUGUUGCUCAAGGGGCACCAAUGGUCUCUCACAUGGUGUUUGCUGAUGACAGCUAUGUCUUUUGCCAAGCUCACAAUGGUUCUGCUGGUAGUGUUUUGUCUCUGCUUCGGCAAUUCGAAAAUGCAUCGGGUCAACAAAUUAAUUUUGCUAAAUCUUCUCUUUUUUUCAGCCCCAAUGUUCAAGCUCAGCUUCGGGCCAGUAUCUGCUCCAUCCUUCAUAUUCCUGAGGCUCUUGAAAAUAGUUUUUACUUGGGACUCCCCAACAUUAUCGGGAGAAACAAGAAAGCUAUACUCGGUUUCCUUAAGAACAAGGUUUUGAACAGAAUCAAUAGCUGGUCUGGGAAGUUGUUGUCAAGUGCGGGCAAGGAAAUUCUCUUCAAGACUGUGGUUCAAGCUCUCCCUACUUAUGCUAUGAGUGUCUUUCUCAUCCCACUUGGUACUUGCGACGAAAUUGAGAAGCUAAUGGCUCGUUUCUGGUGGAAAACAACAAAUAGUAAAGGCAAUGGAAUUAUUUGGAUGAAGUGGGACCGUCUUUCUCGACCAAAAGAUGAAGGUGGUUUAGGCUUUCGCCUUCUCCAUGAUUUUAAUUUGGCUAUGUUAGCUAAACAAGGUUGGAGGUUGCUGUGCUACCCGGACUCCCUUGUCUCCAGGCUCUACAAAGCUCGUUAUUUUCCUCAUGAUGACUACCUCUCUGCGGGGUUGGGGCGUAAUCCUAGUUUUGUUUGGCGAAGUAUCUGGAGUUCUAUGGAUCUUCUUCGCCAAGGGGUUAAAAGAACUAUCGGUACUGGCUCUUCUACUAGUAUCCUGCAUCACCCUUGGCUCCCUGACUCUGGUAAUCCUUACAUCACUUCUUCUCAUAUUGGUCUUAUUGGUCACACUGUUAGCUCAUUGUUUUCUAUUGAUGAAAGAAGUUGGGAUACCGAUUUGGUUCGAGAUAUGUUUAAUGACAGGGAUGCUAAUCUAAUUUUAAGCAUCCCUCUAAGCUUCUCUGCUUCUUCUGACUUCUGGUCUUGGUCUAAUGAAAGCUCUGGUCAUUUCUCUGUCAAAAGUGCUUAUCGGAGUUUGCCGACCUGUGUAAAUCUUAGAACCAAGCAUGUUGAUGUUCCACCUGUCUGCCCUGUCUGCCAAGCGGCUCUUGAAACAACCCCACAUAUCCUGCUUUCUUGCACUUUUGCUUCUUCUUGUUGGCACCAUAUGGGUCUACCUGCUGGAGUCUCUCUUGACCUCUCCUUUGCUAGCUGGCUGGAUAGCCUCUUUCAGUCUCUUGAUUCUGAUCGGGUCUGUUCGUUGGCUAUGGUGACGUGGUCCUUAUGGAAAGCAAGAAACUCAAUUGUGUGGAAAGAUAAGGUUCUUACUGUUGCAAAUGUUCUAUCUUCAGCCCGCAUUGCUCUUGAUCACUGGCGUAAAGCUCAGGAUAACACCUCUCUUUCUCAUAUCUACUUUGGUAGUUCUGAUGAUGGAGCUGAGCUAUGGACUAAACCAGAAACUAAUACAAUCAAGGUCAAUGUUGAUGCUGCGAUAUUUGCUAGUGAAAACCAAUAUGGUUAUGGAAUGGUUGCCAGAAACGACUCAGGGUCUCUUAUUGAUGCUACAGCUCACUGUUCUAAUGGUGACUUCACUCCAGAAGUUGUUGAGAUCAUGGGUAUCAAAGAGGCUUUAAGCUGGAUCAAACGAAAAGGUUGGAAACAUGUGGUUCUGGAAUCUGACAGUCUUGUCUCUAUUCAAGCUAUUCGUAGCUCCUUGCCUCUUUGUUCCAUUUUUGGAAAUCUAGCUCAAGACUGUCGUUCCCUUUUGCUUUCUAUGCCUUUAAUAAAAAUCUGUUUUGUUAAACAAUCAGCAAACCGUCUAGCACAUGUUGUAGCUAGAAUGUCACGGUACUUAUCUGGUUGUAAUAUUUCUGUGUCUAAUGCUCCAGUUGCUAUUCUGGAUGUUUUGUACUCAGAAUGUUAA